AUGGCUAUCAAAGUGAGGACCAGCAUAAAUUUUUAACCUUUGGAGUGAGGACCAUUUUACAAAGUGAGGACAUUUAGGCUGGUCCUCACUAUAUUUUCACUCUAAUGGCCUCCAGAGGCCUCCUAUAUGCUUCCCUCAAGGUUUAAGAGAGGUCCUCAGAAAGAUAGUAAAAUGAAAAUAAAAAUAAAAAUCAGGUGUGUGUACGUGUGUGUAUGCUACCAAAAUACACACACUUUUUGCUCUCUAUCUCCCCCUCAGCUUCUUACAGGUUACUGCAUCAUUUUGCUCUCUAUUGCCCCCAACCUCCUCUCAAAAUUACUGCAUCCUUUUUACUCUCUGCUGCCCCUAACCUUCUUGCAUACUUACUGCACCUGAGUUAGAGAAACUGUAAUCUACAAAAACAGACACAGGGCCUAAGCCAGUAAUAUAAAAAUAUGUAUUAAAUUUAAUAAUUGUUAAUGAUAGAUAGAUAGAUAGAUAGAUAGAUAGAUAGAUAGAUAGAUUACUAGUCAUUGAAGUGAAUAACUAAUAAUGGUUAUUUUAGAUAGCUUUCUACUAGGAACAAGUAAAAAAUGGAGUGGUUCUCAUACCAUGCCAGAACUUCAUUUUAAAUGUAAACUGCUCCACUAUAUUAAUUCCAAGUUGAGUUUAAUCUUCAUGUGUAGCUUACUUGUAAAUAAUGUCUGAAUUAUGGCAAGUCAGACAGCAUAUUAAUGAGCCCAUUUUACCAUUUUGCAUUCAACUACUACAAACAUGACUAUGUUGUGCUUUCCUUUGCUGACUGGAAGGCUUUUUAGAUUAUGGUCUAUGGCACAUUUCAUGCAUUGUUUUUUUAUUAUUUUUUUUAUUUGCCACGACCAUUUAAGUAACAACAGCCUGGUUUCAUGCAUGUUCAAUUUUGACAAUUGCUGUAUCAAAAUGACCAUGAGGUUUUGGGGUAUUACCACAUUUGCAUCAUCAACGGACAUGUAACAUGAGUAAAAAACAACUCAAUCCCAUAACACUGACCAUUAGCAUGUGUUGAAUAGUGUGUAACAAUUCAAAAUGAAGACUCAAUCUUCAUGUUUCAAUAAGAUGGAAGAAAUUUUAAGCAACUAUUAAGGACAACAAUCAGAAAAGAUAACUAGAAAAGAUAAGAUAUACUGAUAACCAUAAUAUUAACACCACAUAAUAUUAACACAUUAACAUGUGUUAUAAUUGACCAAUUAUAUGCCAAUAUUUUAAUAACUGGUGUCAGAACCAUCAUGGGCCCCCAAGGGCAUCCAUGACUGCAGGGAACAAAGGCCAGCCUGUCCAGUCCGAUCUCACAGAAAAGCUAAUGCAGCACAAAUCACUGAUAAGGUCAACGCUGGCCACGGUAAAAAGGCACCAGAACACCCAGUGUACCACAGCACACCAGGCACGGGGCUCAACAGGUAAAGAGCCCAAUACAGAGGCCCCACCCUGCAACACACAGAACCCCAAAGAUCCGCUGCUAACAUCCUGGUGCCAGACACACAGCCCCAGAGGUCUUGUAGAGUCAUGCCUAAGGGACCUGAGCUGUCAUACUAGGCAUAAUGUUUUUCAUUAUCACGUUAUGGACGUUGAGAUUAUAUAGUCUGGUCAAUAAAUUUGGGAUUUUUUUUUUUUUUUUUUUUUACAUUUGGCUUAUGUACACAUACACCAAAUGUUUGACUUUGAAAUUAAAUUUGAAAUGAAACACUCAGGAUAUGAGUAAAUUCAAGACUUUCAGCUUUGAUUUAAAGGGUUUGACAAAAGUGGGGCAUUCAAUAAUGGAACAAAUAGCUGACAAGCACUUUCAUGGCCAGGUGUGACCUGUUCCCUUGUUACUCCAUGACUUACCAAGCAUAUAAAAGCAUUUGGUAGCUGUUCACUCGAGCCCUCAAAAUGAGGCCCAAAAAUUUAAUAAUUGUUAAUGAUAGAUAGAUAGAUAGAUAGAUAGAUAAAUAGAUAGAUAGUCUAUGCAAGUGAAGGUGGCUAUUAUUAGAAUAUAAUAAAUAAACUCAUGCAAGUGGCCAAUAUAAUUUUAAUUUAUAAUAUUUAAUAUUUAAUUUUAAAAAUAACUGGUCAGUUCAGCAAGUCCUGGAAGACCACAGAAAAGAACUAACGUUGAUGACCGGAGAAUUUAGCAAAAGUCCAUGGUGAAGAAGACCCGUUUCACAAAAUCUAGCUAAGUCAAUAACACACUUGAGCCGGUAAACAAGUCAUCGUCAAACUCUACAGUCAAGAGAUAGCUUUAUGAAGUUCUGUUGGUGCAGGGGUAGCUCAGUGGUUAAGGUGUUAGAUGACAGUCCGGAAGUUGUGACGUUUUGGCCCUAGAGCAAACCCCUACCCCCUCAAUUGAUCAGAUGUAUAAUGAGAUAAAAAUGUAAAUUGUUCUGGAUAAGGGCGUCUGCCAAAUGCUGUAAUUGUAAAUUAAGUGAAUACAGACACUUCCGUAACAAGGAGCAAACCACUGGUGAGGUUUAAGAACAGAAAGGUCAGAUUAGACUUACCAGAGAACUUUGCUAUAUUCUUUGGACUGAAAUAAACCAAAAUUAACUUGUACCAGAAUGAUGGGAAGAGAAAAGUAUGAAGAAAGAAAGAAACAGCUCAUGAUACAAAGCAGCACAUUAUCAGUGAUGUCGAAAUCGGCCGAAGUGUUAUGGCAUAAGCUUGUAUUGCUGCCAGUGGAACCAGGUCACUGGUGUUUAUUGAUGACCUGACUGUUGAUAAAAGUACCAUGAAGAAUUCUGAAGUGUAUUGCUAUAUUCCCUGCUCAGAUUAAGAAAAAAUGAUGCUGAUAGGAAGCCACUCCAUAUUGCAGUUGGAUAAUGAUGCAAAACAUGCAGUAAAAGCUAUACAAGGCAAAGGAAUGGGAUCUUCUUCAGUGGAUAAGUCAGUCACCUGCUCUCAACCCAAUAGAGCAAUAUUUUUACUUAUAAAGUUUGCUGCUUUGUAAUGGCAUUUUAGCAGCUGCUUUGUAAUAGCAUUUUAGCAGCUGCUCUCUUAAUCCGAUGAAUUUGUCUGGCAGAAACCUUCCCCAUUCUGCCUCUAUCUGCACGAACCUGUCUGUGCUCUAAAUCAGCCACAAAUGUAUUCACAGUACGAUGAUCACGCUUAAGUUUUCUUGAAAUGUCUAAUGUUUUCAUACCUCGUCCAAGGCAUUGCACUAUUUGACGCUUUUCGGCAGCAUAGAGAUCCUUUUUCUUUCCCAUAUUGUUUGAAACCUGUGGCCUGCUUAAUAAUGUGGAACAACCUUCUUCAGUACUUUUCCUUUAAUUGGGUUUAUCUGGCAAACUAAUUAUCACACGUGUCUGAGAUUCAUUUCAGUGACCCAAAGAGCCCCGAGACACAACACCAUCCAUGAGUUUAAUUUAAAAACUAAAAAUGUAAUGUUUAUGACACUUACAUUCAAUUUGCAUAAUAAUUUGGAACACAGUGUAUGUGUGUUACCAUACACACCCUGUAAACAUCAGUACAUCAACCAUGACAUAAAAUCACACGUCUAAUAUUAUCAGUUCCCCCUUGUGCCACCAAAAUAGCCCUGACCCUUGAAGGCCUGGACUACACUAGAAUUCUGAAGGUGUGUGUGGUAUCUGGCGCCAAGGCAUCAGAUGCGGAUCCUGUAAGUCCUGUAAGUUGUGGGGUGAAGCCUUCAUGGACCGGACUUGUUUUUCCAGCACCUCCAACAGAAUAUGGAGGCUGUGUCAACAUCUCAAACUCCUUGUUAUGUUCCUCAAACCAUUCCUGAACAAUGUGUGCAGUGUGUAUUGUGCUGCUGAAAGAAGCCACUGCCAUUAGGUAACACUGUUUCUAGGUGUUCUCUAGGUGUAACUUGGCCUGCAGCAAUGUUUAGGUAGGUGGUACAUGUCAAAUAGCAUCCACAUGGAUGACAGGACUGCCCAGAGAACUAAUGAUUCACUUUCUGCCUAAUAUACCUCCCCUAUUUAUAGGUGCCACAGUAACAAGACAAUCGAUAUUUACCGAGUGGUUUUUAUAUUUUGGCUGAUUGGUUUAUGCAUCAGUGAUGAAAAGUAACUUUGCACAUUUUGACGUAUUUAUAUAAGUUAUUUUAAUUCUGCUUUGUACUUUUACUCCGUAACAGUUAAGAGGAAUAUAUUGUACUUUUCACUGUCAUAUUUAAAAUAGUGAUGUACAGUCGUGGCCAAAAGUUUUGAGAAUGACACAAAUAUUAGUUUUCACAAGGUUUGCUGCUAAACUGCUUUUAGAUCUUUGUUUCAGUUGUUUCUGUGAUGUACUAAAAUAUAAUUACAAGCACUUCAUACGUUUCAAAGGCUUUUAUCGACAAAUACAUGACAUUUAUGCAAAGAGUCAGUAUUUGCAGUGUUGGCCCUUCUUUUUCAGGACCUCUGCAAUUCGACUGGGCUCCCAAUCAACUUCUGGGCCAAAUCCUGACUGAUAGCAACCUAUUCUUUCAUAAUCACUUCAUGGAGUUUGUCAGAAUUAGUGGGUUUUUCUUUGUCCACCCGCCUCUUGAGGAUUGACCACAAGUUCUCAAUAGGAUUAAGAUCUGGGGAGUUUCCAGGCCAUGGACCCAAAAUUUCAACGUUUUGGUCCCCGAGCCACUUAGUUAUCACUUUUGCCUUAUGGCACAGUGCUUCAUCGUGCUGGAAAAUACAUUGUUCUUCACCAAACUGUUGUUGGAUUGUUGGAAGAAGUUGCUGUUGGAGGGUGUUUUGGUACCGUUCUUUAUUCAUGGCUGUGUUUUUGGGCAAAAUUGUGAGUGAGCCCACUCCCUUGGAUGAGAAGCAACCCCACACAUGAAUGGAUUCAGGAUGCUUUACUGUUGGCAUGACACAGGACUGAUGGUAGCGCUCACCUUUUCUUCUCCAGACAAGCCUUUUCCCAGAUGCCCCAAACAAUCGGAAAGAGGCUUCAUCAGAGAAUAUGACUUUGCCCCAGUCCUCAGCAGUCCAUUCACCAUACUUUCUGCAGAAGAUCAAUCUGCCCCUGAUGUUUUUUUUGGAGACAAGUGGAUUCUUUGCUGCCCUUCUUGACACCAGGCCAUCUUCCAAAAGUCUUCGCCUCACUGUGCGUGCAGAUGUGCUCCCACCUACCAUUCCUGAGCGAGCUCUGCACUGGUGGCACUCCGAUCCAGCAGCUGAAUCCUCUUUAGGAGACGAUCCUGGUGCUUGCUGGACUUUCUUGGACGCCCUGAAGCCUUCUUAACAAGAAUUGAACCUCUUUCCUUGAAGUUCUUGAUGAUCCUAUAAAUUGUUGCUUUAGGUGCAAUCUUAGUAGCCACAAAAUCCUUGCCUGUGAACCCAUUUUUAUGCAACGCAAUGAUGGCUGCACGUGUUUCUAUGCAGGUCACCAUGGUUAACAAUAGAAGAACAAUGAUUUCAGCCUGACAUAAUGAUCUCCAGCCUUGUGCUCGUCAACAUUCUCACCUGAGUUAACAAGACGAUUACUGAAAUGAUCUCAGCAGGUCCUUUAAGGACAGCAAUGAAACGCAGUGGAAAGGUUUUUUUGGGAUUAAGUUAUUUUUCAUGGCAAAGAAGGACUCUGCAAUUCAUCUGAUCACUCUUCAUAACAUUCUGGAGUAGAUGCAAAUUGCUAUUAUAAAAACUUAAGCAGCAACUUUUCCAAUUUCCAAUAUUUGUUAUUCUCAAAACAUUUGGCCACGACUGUACUAUUACAGCUUAUGAGGAUUAAUUAUCACCAGGGGUCGUGAGGGGGUAGUAUUGAGGAAAAAAUAUACGGUAUACUGUAUAUUAGUUCAUAUGUUUGGAGUAAUGAAAUGUGAAAAUGCCCAAAAUCUUGGUGUCAGUCACAACCUGAAAUAUUUAUGAGCAUUCAACUUUCCCCUGUGUGUGGACAGUGUAGUCACCUUACUUAUGCACUCAGGCACUUUAUAUAAGAUACAUUAUACAAUUGAAUUCACACAAAUGCCACUUAACGUGACUAUUAUCUGAGUUCACAUGAUUAUGUAUUACUACUGUGUAAUAGAGUUUUUUGUGUAGCUUAGUCUACAGUUUAUAGCAAGGCUGUUCAAAUGCAGUGCAACCAAAUGCCUCCUCGUCCAACAUCAGUGUCUGACCUCACAAAUGCACUUCUAGAAGAAUGGUAAAAAAAAUUCCAUAAACAUACCCCUAAACCUUGUGAAAAGUCUUCCCAAAAGAGUUGAAGCUGUUAUAGCUGUAACCGGCCAACCUCAUGUUAAACUCUAUGGAUUAGGAAUUGGAUGUUACUAAGUUUCACAUGCAUGUGAAGGCAGGUGAGCCAAUACUUUUGGCAAUGUAGUGUAUUUUAAUAGCUAGGUUCAGUAAGUAUGUUUAAGUGUUGUUGAAUUACAAACUCCAGUGAAUAUUAUCCCUAAGAACUAGAUUUGAACCCCUCAGGCUUAUAGAAUAGUUUAUUGUGUAGUUGACUGUCUAUCGUCUUCUCCUCAUGUCUGUCUGGCAGGAUUUGAAUCUAUAUGCUAAUGUAUUUACUUUUAGAAACCUAAGUCAGAGUGAUGGUGAAAGUCAUCAACCACGGUGCAUUACCAAAGGGGCAAAUUUCAAUCUUAAAUAAGUAUGAGUACUCAUUUUAUACUGUGCCAUGAGUAUGAGCACUUUUACCUUUUAUACAUUAAUUGUAUUUUGGUGGCAAUACUUUGUUUUGCUUAAGUAAAAACUGAAUGCAAAAAACUGAAAUACUUAUUUUUAUUAGUAUUAGUAUUUAUACACUGAUAUUUCUGUUUUUUUUUUUUUACUUAAGCAAGGCAGUAGUAAUAGAAGUGCAUUUGCAGUUAAUCAAUAAAUGCUAAUAAUCUUUAAUUUUGUACAUUUAAACCUGGAGAAACAGGCCUGUAGUUAGGGAGUGAGAAGUUGAGAAUAUUGCUGUGCACUGGCCUCAAUUUAACCUUAAUUGGUUGGCCUCAGGGGGCGGAGCUAAGCUCCCUGCACCUGCGCUGCUACUCUCGCGCUCUGCCCUUCCCCCACAUUCAAUUAAGCAGCGCGUGCAGAGCGGAACAUGGCGCUGGAGAGAUUUAAAAGAAGACUUGGCCGUUUGAGACUUCACCACGAGACAUGCGAGAGGCGCUUCUCACAAACUUCAUCCAUGCAGGUCCAGGACUCAAUGGUUGAUAGCACAGCAAAGAUGGACGAUAUCCUUGAGGAGUCAGAUGAUUUGUCUGAAUCUGAACUGUCCAGCCAUGCAGACUUAGACCCAGAGUACAAUCCAACUCACAGUUCCUCAUUGUCCAGUGACGAAAUGGGAAGCCCAGACAAGGAACGUAGGAAAAUAUCUAGAGAAGACCUCAAAGGUGCUGACACAUUUUUGAGUGAUGAAGAUCAACCCAAAGGCAAGUGCACUUUUAAAAAACAACAGAUCCUUAAAACUUAUGGAAAAAAAGAUCAAGAGAGGUACAAAAAAGAAAAAGUGAGUAAAACCGUUACUGUAAAAACUUGUACAAAAAGAGAAGACAACAAACGAGCAUGGGAUAAAAGACAUUAUUGUCUUUAUUGUGGCCAAUCAAACCUUAAAAUGGCAAGACAUUUGCAGAGAAAACAUAUGGAGAUCAAAGAUGUGGCAUAUGCAUUCAGCUUUCCUGUACGAUCAGAAGAAAGAAAGGUACUUUUGGAGCAACUGCGAAAUAAAGGAGAUUUCAAACAUAAUAGCAAAGUUCUCGAAAAAGGCAGAGGACAACUAGUCACAUGGAAGCAGCCCACUGAUAAAAUAUCUGUAAAAGAUUAUUUGCCUUGCCAAUAUUGUCUUGGAAUGUUCAGUAAGAAGGACUUGUGGAGACAUCAAUCGUCAUGCAGAUGUAAGAAAUUGUGUGUGACAGGUGACAUAAAAAAGGCAAGAGGGUCAGUCCAGAGUCAUGCAGCACGUUUGCUUCCAAUAGCAUCAUCUUCCAACGGGUGUCAGAGUAUCAUCAACAGCAUGCGACAAGAUGAUGUGUCCUUUUACAUCAGGAGUGAUUCUUUGAUUUGCAAAUAUGGGGAAUCACUAUAUGCAAAACAUGGGCGUAUAAAGUCUAGGCACCAAUACAUCUCACAAAGAAUGAGGGAGCUAGGCCAAUUCAUGUUGGUUGCUAAAGAGAUGGACAAGACCGUGAGGGGUCUGGAAGAUUUAUGCACUCCGUCAAAAUUUAAUCUUGUUGUCAGUAUAGCUAAAAGGCUUACAGAGUUUAGUCCACGCAAAAACGAGUACGGAAAACCUUCAAAAGCAGUCAAAAUUGGGUUCUGUCUUAAAGGAGCUGUGGCAGUCCUGAUUGGACAGACGCUUAUGAAUGACGAUGACCUGGCAGAAAAAAGGGCAAAAAAAUUUUUGGAACUUUUGGAAAAAAACUGGAAGAACAGUGUUUCUGUCAGUGCUCACCAAUCUAUAGAAGAAAAAAGAUGGAAUAAACAGGAUGACAUCCCUCUCACCAAAGAUGUGAAGGCUCUGAUGGAUCAUCUCAGGCAAGUGGAAGAUGAGGCAAAGGAGGAACUGAAUAAGUGGAUGAGUUUAUCAGCAUACAAGACGUUAAAUGAGACAGUGCUGGCACAGGUCAUCAUCUUUAACAAGCGUCGUGAAGGGGAAGCAUCACGUCUGUCACUUGAAGCCUAUAAGAAAGCUGGCACAAAUCCCAUCAAUAAAGAUAUUUAUGAAUCCCUGUCUCCGUUGGAGAAACAGUUGAGCAAACUGCUAACUCGCAUAGAAGUCCGUGGAAAAAGAGGAAGAAAGGUACCUGUUUUUUUGACAGAGAGAAUGAAAGAGUCGAUUGAGUUAUUGAAUAAAUGUAGAGCAGAAGCUGGUGUACCUGCGGAAAAUCCCUAUCUAUUUGCAAGACCUGGUGUGAUGACAAAUAUACGUGGUUGUGACUGUUUACGAAAAUAUGCAACGGAAAGCAAAGCUGAAAACCCUGAACUCCUGAGGUCAACGAAAUUAAGGAAACAGGUCGCCACACUCUGUCAGCUUCUGGAUCUGAGUGAGCAGGAGCUGGAACAGGUCGCGAGAUUCAUGGGACAUGACAUCAGAGUUCACAGGGACUUUUACAGACAGACAGACAAAACGUUUCAAAUUGCCAAAAUAAGCAAACUCCUGUUUGCCAUGGAACAAAACACUGGGAUCUUAAAGGGGAAGAAUCUCGACACGCUUGCUGUUUCUGUUGGUGAGAGCAGCUCCACAUCGACAUGUGAGACAGUUCCACACAGAAAAGGGAAAAGAGCCAGCGAGGUGGAUGAGGAUGAAGGUUCUGAACAUCAUAUUAAAAAGAGACGUUACUCCCGCAGAGAUGAUGAAGGUUCAGAUACAGAUGAUGAAGGUCAGAGCCCAGGAACAAGACCAAUUAAGAACUCACAGAAAAUGACAACACACAAACGAACCGAGACCAAAAAGGCAGCUGACGAUCACGGUAUUAAAAAGAGACGUUACUCCUGCAAAGAUGACGGAGGUUCAGAUACAGAUGAUCAGAGCUCUGGAACAAGCACGGUUAAGAGGCUCUCCCAGGAGAAGGAAGCCGGACAACAAACCACUAUGGUGAAAGUAGCAGGUCACCCUGGAGUGAAGGUAAAAAAGCCCUGGAGUGAAGGUGAGAGAGAUGCUGUACGAAAACAUAUGGGAAAGUUCAUCACAGAGCGCAGAGUUCCAGGGAAGGAGAACUGCAUGAGAUGUGUAACGGCAGAAAAAGCCUUGGCUCAGCGAUCAUGGAAGGAUGUGAAGAACUUUGUGUACAAUUCAAUUGUUACACUUAACCGAAGGGCUGCUUCACGCCAACUGGAAUUCUGAAUAUUGACUUUACAGAGUCGUUAUAUUUACUCUGAGUCGUUUUUUUUCUGUUCUGUGUGUUACUGAUGCCAACUUGAAAUUGCACUAAGAGUUGUUUUAACAUUUAGGUUGUUUUUUUAAGAUGUAAACAACUCUUUAGUAUUUUUAUUUAUCUUUUAAAGCUAAGUACAGUGAUGGACACUGUUUUGAUUUUGCACCGACAUUUUUUUUUUUAUUUGUAUCAUUUAUGUUUUGUGCUGGUUGGCAUCAGAUCCUCUGCGACUCUCUACAGCAGGGGUGUUCAACCGCAGUCCUGGAGCGCUGGUGCUCAGCAUAGUUUGGUAAUUCACCUGCACUUGAAUACACCUACUAAAACAUGGCAGUAAACACAUGCAUUUGAUCCUGUGCAUUCGAGCAGAAAAAUCCCAAACUUUGCUGGACAUCAGCUCUCUAGGAUUGGGCUUGAACACCCCUGCUCUGCAGAAUUAUUCAUGGUUGACAAAAAAGUUUGGCACAAUUAAAAAGUUAAAAAAGUUUGGCACAAUUGAAUAAACAUGAUGGUAGUGUGAUUGUGAUUGUAGUUCUUCUCUGUUGCACGUUUAUUUAAUGUUUUAAAAUAGAUUUUUAUAUUUUAGUUAAAGUUUAUAUCCACACUUUUGUGUAGAAAAUUAAUGAGCCUAACCUGAAAUGAACUCAAUAGCGCCCCCAUAAAAGGUCCUCACUUCAAUGGUUAACUGCUAACUUUUUCCCUGUGACUUUUGCAGAAUCUGAGGUGGAACCUGUG